CACACAUACACAAACCUCGGCUCGCCUCUGCACCCAGUGUUUAGAAGACUGGCUGCUUUUGAGCGGGACAGAAUGAAGGACAGACGAAGACAGGGAGUGGUUUAGAAGAACCAAGGAGAAGCUUCAUGUUUCUGCAAGAGGCUGAUAUAUGUACGUGCACCACAAUGUGAUGAUUUUCUCUCCUCGUCGUGUGGCAGGACCGGACGAGUUCUUCACCAAGGCAUGAAGCAUGAAACAGGAAUCUCAGAGGACUGCUGUAGCAUGGUGAAAUUUUUGGACACACCAUUGUUUGUCUAUCCUCAUUCGGAAUCCCAACAGUAGACCAGUCCUCCCUCGCCAAGUUGACAGCACCCUGGAUCAUACUGAGUGCUCACAGCCGACCAAAAGCUUUGUGGUAUUUGUACAUUUGCGCCUUUCCCGUGCUGUGGAAUGUUCAGCGGCUCUGAGUGUAGUUUCUCGAAGCUGACGAAAGCUGGAGCCGAGUGGUUUAACUACAUACAGAGGAGCAGAGGAAGCCAGUGACCCCGUCCAGUCAAUUCACACACACACACACACACACACAUAUAAACACACACACACACAUACACAUUUUGCUGAUAAUUCACAAGACCUUCUUACGCUAAAGCUCUUAAGUCUGAAGUUUCAUCUGAAGCGUCAUAGUGCGGCUGCACUUCUUGUCCAUGCCCGUAAUUACCCUUCAGGUCAAGGGCUGGAAUGUCUUGACUCCGCCCCCGAAGCUGUGUGCAGGAGGUGCGAAGGCGGACGCCGAUGGGAGCUGCUGCUCAAUGAUGAGCUGCCAUGGCGCUGGAGGACAUCGCCGGCGCCUCGAAGACUCAGAAUUCACGGUACGCGUGUACCCAGGUGCCUUGGCCGAGGGCACUGUCUACUGCCCUGUGUUGGCCCACAAGGUCACGUCGGCUGCUGAGGUAAUUGAGCAGGUGAUCGAGCGUCUGCGGCUGGACCGCACGCGACUCUACGUUCUGGCCGAGGUGAAGGAGUUUGGAGGUGAGGAAUGGAUUCUGAACCCGAGUGACUGCCCGGUGCAACGCAUGAUGCUGUGGCCACGCACAGCGCUGGAGAACCGCUUCAGCAGUGAUGACUACCGCUUCCUGCUGCGAGAGAAGAACCUGGAUGGUUCCAUCCACUACGGUAACGUUCAGAUGUGGCUGAGGGUGACCGAGGAGCGGAGGCGGCUGGUCGAGCGCGGACUACUCCCUCAGCCCCCGGCCGGACGGCACGCUGCAGACCUCUGCACUCUGCCGGACCUCAACGAGCAGACACUGCUUGAAAACCUGCGCUCGCGAUUCAAACAGGAAAAGAUCUACACUUAUGCCGGCGGUAUCCUGAUAGUGGUCAACCCUUUCAAGUUCCUCCCUAUCUACAACCCAAAAUAUGUCAAGAUGUACGAUAACCACCAGCUGGGCAAGCUGGAGCCACACAUCUAUGCCAUAGCUGACGCCGCAUACCAUGCCAUGCUGCAGAGGCACAGGAAUCAGUGUAUCGUCAUAUCUGGGGAGAGUGGCUCAGGGAAGACGCAGAGCACCAACUUUCUGAUCCAUCAUCUUACUGCGCUCAGCCAGAAGGGCUUCGCAAGCGGGGUUGAACAGAUCAUACUAGGAGCUGGACCCGUACUGGAGGCAUUCGGGAACGCUAAAACAGCUCACAACAACAACUCCAGCCGAUUCGGGAAGUUUAUCCAAGUUAACUAUCAGGAGAGCGGCACAGUACGAGGAGCCUAUGUGGAGAAAUAUCUACUAGAGAAAUCCAGACUGGUUUAUCAGGAGCACAAUGAGAGGAACUACCAUGUGUUUUAUUACCUUUUGGCUGGAGCAAGUGAUGAUGAGAGAAAAGCUUUCCAUCUGCUGAAACCAGACGAGUAUCAUUACCUCAACCAGAUGACAAAGAAGGUGUACAGACUGCACUGGGAAAAUUACUAUGAGAGCGAGCUGGACUGCUUCACUGUGGAAGGAGAGGAUCUGAAGCACGACUUCGAGAGACUACAGCUAGCCAUGGAGAUGGUGGGAUUCCUGCCAGCCACCCGUAAACAAAUCUUCUCCCUGUUGUCUGCCAUCCUUCUUCUGGGGAACAUUCGCUACAAGAAGAAGACGUACAGAGACGACUGUAUCGAUAUCUGUAAUCCCGAAGUUCUGCCCACCAUCUCUGAACUGCUAGAGGUAAAGGAAGAGAUGCUCUUUGAGGCUCUUACCACGAGAAAGACCGUGACUGUGGGAGAGCGACUUAUUGUACCUUAUAAACUGGCCGAGGCCGGGACAGUGAGAGACUCCAUGGCUAAAUCUCUCUACGGCGCUCUCUUUGACUGGAUAGUCUUCCGCAUCAACCACGCACUUCUCAACAACAAAGACCUAGAAGACUCGACCAAGAUUUUGUCUAUCGGGGUGUUGGAUAUCUUUGGCUUCGAGGACUAUGAGAACAACAGCUUCGAGCAGUUCUGCAUCAACUACGCCAACGAAAAACUGCAACACUAUUUCAACCAGCACAUCUUCAAGCUGGAGCAGGAGGAGUAUCGUACAGAGGGCAUCAGCUGGCAUAUGAUAGACUACAUCGACAACACAAGCUGCAUCACCCUCAUCAGCAAGAAACCCACAGCACUGCUCCACCUACUGGAUGAGGAGUGCAAUUUCCCCCAGGCAACUAACCAGACUCUGCUGGAUAAGUUUAAGAGGCAGCAUGAGGGGAACAGCUACAUCGAGUUUCCUGCAGUCAUGGAGCCAGCCUUCAUUAUUCGCCACUACGCAGGGAAGGUCAAGUACAGCGUCAAGGAUUUCAGGGAGAAGAACACCGACCACAUGCGUCCAGACAUCGUGGCUCUGCUGAAGAGCAGUAAAAGCGCCUUUAUCUGUGGCCUGAUGGGAAUCGACCCCGUGGCCACCUUCCGCUGGGCUGUGCUUAGGGCUUACUUCAGAGUCGUGGUGGCUUUUAGAGCAGCUGGAAAAAGACACGGGGAGAAGAAGAGCAGCUCUGACACUGCAGUGCAGUCCACAGUCAUUAAGAAGGUGGACAGCUUCAGUUUCCUGCAUCACCCUGUGCACCAGAGAAGCCUCGAGAUCCUUCAGAGAUGCAAAGAUGAAAAAUUCAAUUCCUGCAUCACAUGGAAGAAUCCACGUAGCCCUCUGUCACACCUACAAGGCACCAACGCCAUCAACGAGAAAACAGCACGAGACGGGCUUUCCGGGUGCAACGGCCGUAGCUCGAGGUCUGGUCGUCUGACCUCUACCGCCUCCUCUCAUGAAGAAGAUGGGAUUUUCGUUAACGCCAUGAGCAGCAAAUUACUAGAGAGAGCGCAGGGCAUUUUGAUGCGCAACAAGAACUACAAAGCCAAGCUUUCCCUUCCUAAGCACCUGUUGGACGUUAAAUCCCUGAAGUACUUGAGCAGCUUGACACUUCAUGACCGUAUCACCAAAUCACUCCUCCACCUGCACAAAAAGAAGAAACCCCCCAGCAUCAGUGCACAGUUUCAGGCUUCGCUCAACAAACUGAUGGAGACCCUGGGCCAGUCGGAACCCUACUUUGUAAAAUGUAUCCGCUCAAAUGCAGAAAAGCUUCCUCUACGCUUUAACGAUGCAUUAGUACUGAGGCAACUGCGGUACACUGGUAUGCUGGAGACCGUGAGGAUACGUCAGUCCGGAUACAGCAUCAAAUACACAUUUCAGGACUUUGUCCGUCAUUUCCAUGUGCUGUUGCCUAGUGGCCUGAGUGCUGGUCAGGUUGGCAUUCGGGAGUUCCUGCAGGGAGUUCAGCUCGAUCCAGACGGCUACCAAGUGGGCAAAACCAUGGUGUUUUUGCGAGAGGCCCAGAGACAGAAGUUGCAGAACCUGCUCCAUCAGGAGGUGCUUAGAAGGAUCGUAGCUCUGCAGAGAAGAUUCAGGGCUCUGCUAGAGAGACGACAUUUUACCCAACAGAGACGUGCGGCACGUGUCAUUCAGCACUGGUGGCGUAAGUGUAUGCAAACAAACAGCAACGAGAGUGCUGGUAUUUCUGAGCUGCGGUAUGGGGCAGCGGUGUGUGUGCAAGCAGCGUGGAGAGGCUACAGGGAGAGAAGGCUGUAUCUGCUGCAGAGGGAUGCAGUGCUGCUGCUGCAGAGAAGCUGGAGACGGUGUAUGCAGCAACAGAGGAACAGAGCUGCCGGUUUUAUCCAGGCGUUCUGGAGGGCACACAGACAGAGGCAGAGAUACUGGCAGCUCUCCAAAGCUGUCUUAACACUGCAGACUGCCUGGAGGGGGUAUCAGGCUCGGCAGAGGUAUAGAAGCUUGAAAGCAGAAAAGAAGAGUGCUGGAACAGACCACGGACAAGAUGAUGCAAAAGAUAUCUCACGCGACCUCCAAAACCUUUCUGACUCCCAGACAACUUGCUUAGACUCCCAGAUAUCUCAGCAAAGCUCCACGGAUUCACAGGAGUGCGGAAUGGAUACCGAGACCCUGCCAUCAGAGCUUUCCAGACCUCUGGAUGACAGCACUCUUAAGAGCCGAGCCAAGCGAGAGAGCAGGAGGAAGAGAGAACUGGAGCAGGCAACAUUCAGUCUGAAGUUAUUGAAGGUGCGAUCCAAUACACUUCCCCUCUCAGACGAACCAGUCUCUCCAGAAAAUAAAGCCUCUUCAAAAGCUGUUCCUCUCCUCUCAUCUGCCUCCCUUCAGAGCUCUAUAGACAGCCAAGGGAGCUUUGAGCACCUUAGCGCUAAUGACAUGGAGCUGGAUGCAACGAACCUACAACAUCAUGAUCCCUUGCCUAAUCAUCAGUCACCGGUAAUUGAAGAGAAUAAACAUGCUCUCAAAUCGGUUCCUAAAUCAAGUCCAGUGCACGCAUGCCAAAGCACCUCAAAGCCUCUGUUCUAUAUAUCUGAUGAAGCCAGUAGUCCUGUGCGCAGUGAGCCACACACACCGUCCAAGUUGAAGUCUGUCGGAGAGAAAAAGGAGUCUCUGGUGUUUGUCAUCAGCAUGCAGAAAGAGAAUCCUGUAGACAGGCAGCCUGUCUACAGCAGCCUGGAUGCUCUCGAGAGCUUAGAGAAGGAAGCUAAGAAACCAGGCUGUGGCCAGCAGAAGAGCAUAUCGUCAAUCGUACAUCCUGAAAACUCUCCUGUGAAUCAGCCAAACGUCCAGCCGUCUCCAGCACCGUCAUCUGUCCCAAACAGGAUAACGGCACAACAGAUGACCUCACAGCCCAAAAAGGAGAAGGAUGAAGUCAAAACGCAAGCUCAGAAGAAGACGGUGGCUCUCAGUUUCAGCAUGAAGGAGAAAGCCACGAGCCUAGCCUUUUCUCCCAAACGCAGCCGGCUGACGUUUUCCAAAUCCGAUAAAGACCUGGCAAACCAGGAACGUUCUCUGACCUUACAAAGAGAAAGAACGUCGGCUUUCAGAUCUCUGAAGAGCAGAGAGGUGGCCCGAGCUGGCCGCCAAAAGAAAUCCCGCAUGUCUCGGACCCGCUCUGACUUCCUGAGCCGUGCCUGUAGCACUGAGGCCGAUACCGAUGACGAGGACGAUGAAGAAUAUGAGUACACACCUGUGAUUUCUCACACACUGCCCCUCCCGGAGUGUCCAGACUCUCCCAGCACUGAGCAAGACUUCCACAGUGACUCAGAGAUGCCCUCUCAGAAAGAGCAGAAGCGGCUCCUGAAGACCAUGUCCUCGGGAGAUCUGGGAAAGUUCGACUCAUUGAGAAAGUCCUCAUCUAACUCUGACGGCAGUGGGGUGAGGGGUAAGAUGCGCUUCUGGGGAAAGGGAAAGCAAGCCGAUAAGAAGAUGUCCAUCAGGGGACACUCAGCAGAUGCAGAUCUUACAAAGACUCGCGAUGGCUCUCCUUCUGCCAGUCCUGAGCAGAGCAGGGCAGCAGGUCGUGGUCGGGACAGUAAAGAGAACAGGGAACCAGAAACGAGAAUGAUGACGAUGAAAAGGAGGCGGAGUUUGAAGAUUAGCAGCAUGCCUCAGGAACCGUCUCCAUGGCAGAACGACUCUCUCCACAUCCUCACUAGCACAGCAGACUACUGCAGCAUGAACGACUUCCUGAUGAAGAAGAUAAAUGAUCUGGAGACUGAGGACAGUAAGAAGGACACGCCUGUCGAUGUGGUCUUUAAGAAGGCUCUAAAAGAGUUUCGUCUCAAUAUCUUCAAUUCGUAUUCCACGGCGCUGGCUAUGGACGACGGUAAGAGCAUCAGGUAUAAGGAUCUGUAUGCACUGUUUGAGCACAUUCUGGAGAAGACCAUGCGUCUGGAGCAGAGAGACUGGUCAGAAUCACCUGUUAAAGUCUGGGUCAACACGUUUAAAGUCUUCCUGGAUGAGUUUGUGACCGAGUACAAACCCAUGCAUGGCACCGUCAGCAAGGCUCCCAAACCGGAACGCAAGAAAAGAAGGAAAAAGGAGGCCGACAUCGUGGAGGAACAUCUGGGUCACAUUUUCAAGUCCACUCAGUACAGCAUCCCUACAUACUGCGAGUACUGCUCUUCUCUUAUUUGGAUGAUGGACAGAGCAUGUGUCUGCAAAUUGUGUCGCUAUGCCUGUCACAGGAAGUGCUGCUUAAGGAUGACGACUAAAUGUAGCAAAAAGUUUGAUCCAGAACUGUCUUCGCGGCAGUUUGGCGUGGAGCUCUCUCAAUUAACCAGCGAUGACCGAGCUGUACCUCUGGUGGUGGAGAAGCUCAUCAAUUACAUAGAGAUGCAUGGUCUCUACACAGAAGGCAUCUACAGGAAGUCAGGAUCAACCAAUAAAAUCAAAGAGCUGAAGAUGGGACUGGACACAGAUGCUAUUGCUGUGAAUCUGGAUGACUAUAACAUCCACGUUAUUGCCAGUGUGUUGAAGCAGUGGCUGCGGGAUCUUCCCAAUCCUCUCAUGACCUUUGAACUUUAUGAGGAGUUCCUCAGGGCAACUGGUUUGCAGGACAAGAAAGAAGUGGUGAAAGGUGUGUAUACUGUAAUCGAUCAGCUCAGCAGGACUCACCUGAGCACAUUGGAAAGACUCAUCUUUCACCUAGUCAGGAUCUCAUUGCAGGAGGAAACUAACCGGAUGAGCGCUAACGCUCUGGCCAUUGUGUUUGCUCCAUGUAUCCUGCGAUGUCCUGACAGCAUUGACCCUCUCCAGAGUGUACAGGACAUUGGCAAGACCACAGCCUGUGUGGAGAUGAUCAUCUGUGAACAGGUGAAUAAAUACCGAUCCAGACUGAAGGACAUCAGCACGCUGGAGUUCGCCGAGAGCAAAGCCAAGAUCCGUCUCACGCACAUCAGGAGGUCGAUGAAGCCUGUACUAAUCGCUGUUAGGUUUAUGAGCAUGAGCCGAACUGCCACCUCGGCUAAAAGUCGGUUUUCUAAAAGCAGUCCCCUGACUCCUUCUCCACCCACGAGCCCGCUGUCACCUGUAGUCAGUGAAGAGCCAGUUGAAGAUAAGACGGAGGCAGGACUGAGCGACCAGCAACAGACAGCGUUACAGCAAGAAGAACAAGUGCUUUCUCAGCAAAUAGAAAACUUACAGAAAGAGAAGGAGGAGCUGACAUUUGAAAUGUUGGCACUGGAGCCACGCACAUCUGAUGAUGAGCUGCUGGAAUCUGAGGCUUCUAUAGGAACAGCAGACAGUUCAGAGAACCUCAUAGCAGAACAGGAAGGAGCAACAUCAGAGGCCUGGGAUAAAAGCUGCUCCAGCAUUCGCUCUCGUAAGUCAGAAUCCAAAAGCAGAAGAGCUUUACGCCGCCAGCCCGAGUCUCUGGAUUCAGUAGACUCUGCCGUCGCCUCUCUGUCGUCCAGCUCAUCCGUUCCUCACUAUCGCUUCCGCUCUUCCUCCUCUGGCCCUUUCUUCUCUUCCCCUUCCUCCUCCUCAGAACACGGGCAGAACCUCUUUCCUGAGCAGGAGGAAUUAGAGACAGGAACGCUGACCACACGAUGCUCUUCUAGCUCUGAGAAAACACGACCCAGGAGCAGAGGCAAUCGGAGCUGCCCACCCAAACCCAGAGAGCCUGGAGAAGGAGGAGGGAGGAGGAGAGACACUGAUUUCAGCCCUGUACAGCCUCUGGUGUUAUAUGGCAGUAAGGAGUUUAUGGUGUGAAGAGGAGAUUGAGAGUUUCCUACAGUAAAUACACAGCUGAUAGAUGGAGCUUGCUAACAGCUUGAGGGCUACAAGAAAAAAGAGGUCUGCUGAACGUGAACCUGCCAAAGCUCAACCUGAUGCACCCUGCUGUAGAGUGGACCUGCUGGACCGGUCCUGUUCUUCACUGCUUCACUUUUACCCGUCCAUCUUCAUGUUUACAAAACCGAGCCCACACGAAGUCAAGCGGCUUCGACAGAAAGCUUAGUGCUUUGCUAACAUUUUUUUUUUUUUUUUCACCGCAAUGAGAUGUCAGUACGUCAGAUAUUGAUAAUGUAUUAAAUAUGUAAGAUAAUAUUAUUGUAUUACUCCAAGACUCAUUGUACAUACAACAGUGCAGCGCUGCUGGAUGGUCCAUGUGAAAAGUGUUUACUUGUCUUGAAUUUUUUGCAACGGUAUGUGUGUUUUUUACGUGCGUUUGUGACUAAUCUGUCUCGUAAGCUUGUUCGCUAGGUUUUGCGUUUGAGUCACUUUUUUUUUUUUUUUUUUUUUUUUUU